AUGCCAUCGUUCUUUCGUUCACUGGCUCUUCAUGCUCUGUUGGCUGGCGCUCUGGUGGCCCAGGUCACCAAUGCGUAUCCCCAACCUGCUCUCGUUCGUUCGAAAGAUGCAAGCUUUCCUCCUCAUGACACUAUCAACACCGAACCAGUCUCAAUGGUGCGUUCCGUUGAGGACGAUGGUGAGCUGUACAAGCGUUCGAAGCCUUUGAAAAUCGCCCAAGAACCGAGUAAAAGUUACAGCUGUCCGGCGACAAAUAACUAUGGAGGGACUACAUACACCUCUGGGCAGCUCAAAGUUGCUUUUAUCAGGGCAGCCCAAUACGCCAACGAUGGCCAACAGAUUGGAGACAGAAACUACCCGCAUACCUUUGGCAAUGGCGAGAAUCUUCCCUUCCCCUGCGGCAGGAGCACCAUGGAAUUCCCCUUGGAUCGAGACAACCCGGACACUGUAUACAGCGGUCAGAGUGUGAGGACCUUGCCAGACCGUCUUGUCUUUGAAUUCAAGGAUGGCAAAAAGGAGGGAAAGGCAAAGUUCUGUGGGGUGAUGCGCCAUGGAAACAACGGUGAUUUUGUCAACUGCCCAUAA